AUGUUCUAUAACUCAGGAAAGAUACAGAAGGAUGGGAGGAAGGAGUCAUGUAAACCCAUUCUCAAAGUUGAAUACAAAACCUCAAGAAACAGCAGUGAGCCUUUUGUUAUCUUCUCUGGUGGCCUUUCAUACGAUAAGGCAGGGCGACGGCCAGCGUUGACCAUCAUGCAUGGCAAAGCUAUGACCGUUCUGGAGAUGGACUAUCCUAUUGUAGAGUUUAUGGCACUCUGCGAGACUCCUUAUAAUAACGAGAUCCAGGAUCCCUACGCUGUGGUAGUGCUGUUGGAGAAGGACUUAAUUGUAGUGGAUCUGACACAGAGCACUUUCCCCGUGUUUGAGAACCCUUACCCAAUGGACGUCCAUGAGUCUCCCGUUACCUGCACAGCUUAUUUCGCAGAUUGUCCUCCAGACAUCAUCCCUAUUCUCUACUCUAUAGGAGCGAAACACAAGAAGACUGGCUACAGUCAUAAGGAGUGGCCGAUUGGUGGAGGAACAUGGACAUUAGGCUCUCACACCUAUCCAGAGAUCAUCAUCACAGGACACGCUGAUGGAUCAAUAAAAUUUUGGGAUGCAUCUGCAUUCACACUGCAGAUGUUGUACAAGCUGAAAACCUCCAAAGUCUUUGAGAAGCCAAAGCCUGGUGAGGGUCGGGCUGCUGAAUUGGUAGAAGAAGAUCCCUUUGCUGUUCAAAUGGUCAGCUGGUGCCCUCAGAGUCGAAUCUUCUGUGUAGUCGGCAUCUCCGCUCACAUCAUCCUGUAUCGCUUCAGUAAAUAUGAUGCCAACACUCAGAUAGUGGCGCUAGAAGUACGCCUGCAGUGUGAUGCUGAGGAUGUCAUCACGCCUUCAGAAAAUGAAAACAAUCCCUGUUUCUCAGAGUCAGGCUCGCACUCACCCCAACCACACCAUCAAUACCCAGUCAGCCCGGGCAGCAGAACGCCGGAGGGGGCCAAAGACAGUGUCCCUUGCCUCAAGGUGAAAGAACGAGUGGUCCGAGUUCCUCCUGGCUACCAGUCAGACCUGGUCAUCCAGCUGCUGUGGGUCGAUGGAGAACCACCCCAACAGAUCACCAGCCUAGAUAUCAAUUCUGCAUAUGGCCUCUUGGCGUUUGGGAACUGCAAUGGGCUAGCAGUGGUGGACUACUUGCAAAAAACGAUCAUAUUGUGCAUGUCGACACUGGAUUUGUACGGAGCCACCGACCCCUACCAGCGCCUUACUCGUUCCCCUCGUAGGAACAGACAGUCCACCUCAGGCCUUACUGAACUCACUGACAACCAGCAGUCCAUUGACAUGGAGAGAAGCAAGUCACCGACGUCAGAUCAUGUCAAUGGACAUUGCACUAGCCCCACCUCCCAGCCCUGCACGGCGGGGAAACCUCGUGUUCCAAUGGGUCCCGAGGGGCCACGGCUUACCCGCAGAGGCCCUGGCCGACCACCCUUCCGCAAGGCCCAGUCUGCUGCUUGCAUGGAGAUCUCUUUGCCUGUGUCCCACACUGAAGGUGCGGUCCAGAUGCUGAAGGGCUCUGUGUUACGCUUUGGUUUCUUGGAUUGCAUGGGAGUCCUCAUUCAGAGCCCAUAUGAGGUUUGGCGGGACCAAAAUGCCCCUGAGGACCCUGAUCGGCUGCGGAGGCGCAAACUGGUCCACUUUUCUCCGUCAUCCUCCCAGGACGCCUACGGAGAUGGACAUUUGGCCGUGGUGUGCUCCGAGAGGCAGGCCAAAGUCUUCAUGAUGCCCUCGCAGACUUGCCUCUUCGUGCACAACAUCACAGAGUCCUCUUUUGUGCUGCGAGCCGACGUGGUAUCUGUGUGUAACAGCGUGUGCCUGGCCUGCUUCUGCGCUAACGGACAUGUCAUGACUCUCAGUUUGCCCAGUUUAAGACCGCUGAUGGAUGUCAAUUACCUGCCUCUGACAGACAUGCGCAUUGCUAGAACAUUUUGUUUCACCAAUGGGGGGCAGGCGCUUUAUCUCAGUUCCCCCACGGAGAUUCAGAGAAUUACAUACAGUCAGGAGAUGUGUGACAACCUGCAGGAAAUGUUGGGAGAGCUUUUCACUCCAAUAGAAACACCAGAAGCCCAGAACCGAGGAUUUUUAAAGGGCUUUUUUGGAGGAAAUGCCCACACAUUUGACAGAGAAGAGCUCUUUGGUGAGGCUGCAGCUGGGAAGGCUUCCCGCAGUCUGGCGCAGCACAUCCCUGGUCAGGGAGGGAUGGAGGGCAUGAAAGUGGCAGCAGGCGGGGCGGUGGGUGAAUUAGCUCGAGCUCGUAUUGCUCUGGACGAAAGAGGCCAAAGGUUGGGCGAGCUGGAGGAUCGAACCGCCCUGAUGAUGACCAGUGCAGAAACUUUCUCCAAACAUGCCCAUGAGCUCAUGUUGAAAUGCAAAGACAAGAAGUGGUACCAGUUCUAACAGGAGGACUGACGGAUGAGACUGUCUGCUUAGAACUUCAUGCUGCGACUGGACUUUCACUUUAUAAAUGAAAGCAAUUAGAGGAGACACAAGCGUGACUUUGUCUUUGCAGCUUCCGGGACUGGCUGUGUGUACAGCGCUGUCACGUUGCUGAAUUACGAGAACAAGCUUGUUCCUCAUCUAGAUCGGCCGAGACGCGAGUUGUAAGAGGAUGUCGGAAUUUGAAGGCCUAAAGAUGAAACGGGAAAUAUCUAACAAGUCUGUAUGUGUAUGAGUGUGUGUGCGUGUGUGUAUGUGCGUAGUUGGUUUUCCUGAUUUUCUGACCUUACAGUGUAGAUACAAGUUAUGAAACCAACAAGAAAUGCAUGAAACAUUGGAUGAGUAUUAAAAAUAUACAACUGCCAUAUAAAAGCAGCAUGCCACUUUAACAGGAGAUUUGAAAUGGAAAAAAAAAAUAUUUAUAAUGUAA